AUGGCCAACAACGGCGUCAACGCAGUCGAGAUGGCGACUAUCGCCGGGGCUCCAAAAGCUACCAAAACAUCCGUUGCUGCAACUUCGAGAACGGUCACACCAAGCCCAAACAUGCUGAAGAACGAAGAGCCGCCGAUUGGAUCGUGGCUCUGUGCUAAUGGCAAAUAUCGCGACUAUAUCGAGGCCUUGAGCGGAUCCAAUCCUGGCCUGAAGAAGGCCGAUCCAAACAACAAGGAUGAGCCACUGAAAUUUGGCAACGCGCUCGUCGCGCUCUUAGACGCUGCUGCUACUGGGGCAUCUGGUUUCACAACCACUGAGUUUAGAGGCGAGAAAGAGCUUGUUAAGCACUUUGAAUCCGCGGGGCACAACCACAACCGUCGGCGCAUCUAUAUCAUGGAGGGUCUGGCACCUGAUUUUGUCGCAGCCGUCGGCGGUCACUUCUUCAUGGAUCCUUCAUUCUUCCAGCGGCAAGAGAGGACAUGUGUCUGGAGCAACGACUUUACACCACUGGUUGACCUACACCCUCCGCCCAAGGAAGUCAAUCCCGAUGACAACACGCUACGUGAAAUCGACAAAGGCGACGUACUUGAGAACGCACCCUUUCAGGAAGGCUAUGUUGACUUCAUUCCACCCGUCCCUCAUCAUCAGAUACAUACCAAGACUAAACAUCCGCAUAAGUCAAUGCUGCACGACCUCCUCCACUACUAUCAGCAACAUUCUGAUCUGUUUUCCGAAGACGAGUGGGCCACGCCCAGUACAUCAGCAAUCUUCCUAAAGAAGGUAGUCGCCGCGCACUACCUUCAGCUUGUUGACUACAUCAAGGCCAUGCUACCUUCGCUGGAGCUUCGGCUUACUACUGCUUGGGUUGAGGAACAGGGUCAAUGGAAAAGCUUGCAGACUAUCUCGCGACGGUGCGGCAACUAUCGCGACGAUCUCGAAGAUGCAUUACUCAGUCUCGACUAUUCGCUAGAUGGGCAGAUCAACAAGUCCGUCAGGUUGCAUUCGCACACGUGGAAAGACUGCGAGAAGGACUUCCAAUACGUCUACUUCCGUCUCAAGAUCCUCAAAGAACGCGCCGAUAAUCUAAUCCAGGCUAUGACCGGACUGGCAUCGAUCGCAGGUAACCGCCAGAACUUGGAAGAGGCCAAACGCGUCAAGCGACUCAACCUUCUCGCCCUGUUGUUCAUUCCCUUGGCAUAUACGAGCAGCUUGUUCAGUAUGCAAGACAACUACGCACCGAACCGAAGUGAAUUCUGGGUCUAUUGGGUCAGCGCCAUCGGGGUUGUCGCAUUUACCGCCGUCAUCACGUGGAUUCUGGACAAUGCUCUGAACGACGAAGCGCAGUGGACCUGGAGACCAAUCACCUUCCUCAAAUUCUGGGGCGUCGACGAGCAACAACCUCAACCCGGAAAAGUGAAGAGGAAAAUGACCAACCUCUACCGGCUAUGA